GUGAGUUUGACGCAAGACGGGAGCCGCUCGCAACGGCAAGGAGGUGCACCUUGCUGAUUCAACUGAAUCCACACGACAGGGUAGCGUGCGUGGCGAGCGAUGGAAUUCUCCGGGAUCAAAUACAUUCUGUUGGAUAUCGAAGGAACUGUCACUCCGAUAUCUUUCGUCAAGGACGUUCUGUUCGUGUACGCUCGGGAGAAACUUGUCAAGUUCCUGGACGAAAAUUGGGAUAACAACGAGGACCUCGCCGACGCUGUGGAGUUGAUCAUAAAAUACUCUCUUGGCGAGCCGGAGUCCCCGCCGACGGAUGGCUCCAAGCCGACGCUGGUCGAGAGCGUGCUCUGGCAGAUGGACCGCGAUGUCAAAGACGCUGGUUUGAAGAAGCUACAGAGCCUCAUUUGGAAGGAUGGAUAUUACACCGGUCAGCUGAAGAGUGAUCUCUACGAGGACGUUUAUGACGCUCUUCCAGCCUGGCAGGCCCGCAACAUGCCGAUAGGCAUUUAUUCCUCGGGUAGCGUCGCAGCUCAGAAGGAUCUGUUCAACUACACGAAACGAGGAUCAAUGCUCCGCUUUCUCUCGUCUUUUCACGACUUGACCACAGCAGGAUCCAAGCUCGAGGCUGCUUCCUACUCAAAAAUAUCCGACAGUGUGGGUUUACAGCCGAGCGAAAUCCUAUUCCUGACUGAUGUGUUCGGAGAGUACACGGCCGCCCUUGCGGCGGGCAUGAAGUCAGUAAUUGUUCUGAGGCCGGGGAACAAACCCUUGACGGAGACCGAGCUGAACCAAUGCAUUACGAUAUCGAAAUUCGACGAGAUAAAAUUUCUUUGAGCCCGUGACCC